AGAGCUGGCCAUUGUAGGGAGAAACCAAAGCCCUUUUAAGAUUAAGUUGUGUCUCCAAAUCAUCCACUUGGGCCAGAGAAGGUCUUUGCUGUGGGAAUGCUCUUGGAUAUGAGGUGACAUGGAGCGAGGCUGGCUUCACUCUUGAAGAGAGUUCCCAGUGGUCGAAGUGAGUUUGAAAUGCUUAGCCCGGCUCUACCAUGAACCCACACUUACCUGAAGGCAAGAUGGCCCUGGAGUUUAGGAAUGUCUGCAUCCUGUUGCCCAACCGAGAUCAACUAAGGUUAAGCAUUGGGGUAAAAGCCACGGGAAGAGAGCUUUUCCAGCAGGUGUGUGACUUGUUGAGCAUUAAAGAACCCCACUUCUUUGGCCUGAGUAUUGUUCGAAACAACGAAUACAUAUUCAUGGAUCUAGAGCAAAAACUCAGCAAAUACUUUCUGAAGGACUGGAAGAAAGAGAUAUAUAAAGGAAAUGAGAAGUCCAAUCCUCCUUUUGUUGCCUUCUUCAGAGUGCAAUACUAUGUGGAAAAUGGGAGAAUUAUAAGUGACAAGGUUGCCAGACGUCUAUACUACCACCACCUCAAGGAGCAGGUGCUGAGGUCCCAGUGUACCCACAAGGAGGAAGUCUAUUUCCUGCUGGCCGCAUAUGCGCUGCAAGCAGACUUAGGCAACUACAGAGAGACCACCCAUGUGGGGAAAUAUUUCGAACCUCAUUCCUACUUCCCUCAGUGGAUUAUCACAAAGAGAGGGAGGGACUACAUCCUCAAACACGCUCCAGAGAUCCAUCGAGAGCAGCAGGGGAUGACCACCAAAGAGGCUCUGUUGAAGUUCAUCAAGGAGUCCUGUAUGCUGGAAGAUGUGCCUGUUCAUUUUUUCAAGUUACAAAAGGAUAAGAAAGAAGAUCGACCAUCAAUUGUCCUGGGUCUGACCCUAAAAGGAAUGCACAUUUAUCAGGAGGUAAACCAUUCCCGGCAGCUGCUCUAUGACUUCCCCUGGUCACAUGUUGGAAAGCUGGCAUUUCUUGGGAAAAAAUUUGAGAUCCAGCCAGAUGGUUUGCCUUCUGCUCGGAAACUGGUCUACUACACUGGCUGCCCAUUCCGCUCCCGACACCUCCUCCUGUUACUCAGUAACAGUCAUCGGCUCUACCUGCAUGUCCAGCCAGUGCUGAAACAGAUCCGGCAGCUGGAGGAAGCAGAAGAGAAGAAGCGUUACCGGGAGUCAUACAUCAGUGACACCCUGGAGAUGGACCUUGACCAGUCAGACAAACACUCUCAUGGUAGCGGAAGCAGCAGAGGCAGUGGUCGAGACCACCACCACCACCACCACCACCACCACCACCGGCUCUCCCACCGCUCGACAGAUAGCCACGGCAGCUCCCACACCUCUGGCAUUGAAGCCGACUCCAGACACCGCGUAUCCGUGGAAAUGUCUGUGGAUGAACCCUUUGGCAUGGAGCUGGGCCACGGUAAAGAGAAGUUCUGCAGCUCCACCACCAGCCACAGCAGCUCUGGCAUAGAUAGCAGCAGUAAAGGGAGAACUGAGGAUGAGGUGGAAGUGAUGGUAGAUGGGCCAGAGGAAGUGACAGUAGAUGAUCCAUUGGAUAAUAACCAAUUGGAGGAUAAGGCAACUGAAAAGGUAUCAAUGGCUCCACUUUCUGCUGGGCUGCAUGGCUAUAAAGCCUCUCACCAGGAACCCUUUGCUGUGGUGCAGAUAACACUGGUCAAGAUGAGGGGUCAGAGUGUCGAAGCCCUCAACCAGCUUGGAGAGAUGAAAGACAGGGAGUACUCAGACCAGCACAGCCAGAGCCUGGAUGACAUCCGCCUCUACCAACAGCGGCAUCCUCCCCUGAGCCCCAAUCUUUCUUCUCCCACAUCUCACAGCUACACCUUUGGCUGCACCCCAGAGGACAAGCUGGCUACCUAUGGCUGUGUCUACUCUACGGCUGAUUGUAAGACCAAGUCUGCCCUCUAUGGGAAGAGAUCGAUGAACUGUCUAUCCUUGGAUCUUCUGGGGGAAGACCAUGUCCCAGAGGAAUUUGUAGUCUAGGCCAGGUUGCCACAGUGUGGAGAUUGUUGGUGGCAUGGUAGCCUGGGAGAGAAAAGAGAAGAGGUCACCUCAGGUCUUGUGGAUAAUUGCAAAAAUGAAUCCUCUCCUUUGCUGAGGGAGAGCGUGACGAUGGUGCUGUUCACCUUCGCCAAGACACCAGGGUUCACGUGAUUCACAGAACGGAUUGCUGGCAUUGGUCCCUGCCUGACCUAGACACUGCCCCAGCAGUUCAUUUCAGUCACCUGGGCAGCCUCCUGACUGCUGGUGAAAGAAGCCAGGCAUACAGAGACCUUCUGCCCAGGGUCAGCAUUCAUCAGUAUCUUCUACAGGGUUCCAGGAAAGGAGCAAACCUCCAGCUGAAUUUUAAAUGCCCUCUGUAUGUGGUGUGUUCAUAUUUGCCAGACGAGUCUUGGAGAUAACUGGGCAAUUCAAGUCAUUCAUCAAGCACAUACAUGCAAGACAUUGUAUGAGUCACCAGUACUAAAGACAAAAACUGAAAUAGUCCCUGUCCAAAAGGGGCUUGCAUUCUCCUGGACCACAGUAGGUGUUCUGGAUUCAGUUGCAAUGGUGUUCGGAUCCUCCCAGACAUGUCAUGAAACCAAACUCUAGGUUCCCCCUGGCAAUGGAGCCUGAGUGGCUUCUUUCUUAAUUUCACUCUCUCUUCCUGCCCCAUGGCCAUCCAAGAAGUGUGUGUUGGGGGAGAAGAACUUUCCUCCUUGAGGAUACCUUUGAUUUAGUCUUUGGGAAGUGAGGGAGAAUGCAAGGGAGUGACAGAAGGGAAGAAAUGUGUCAACAGUCAUGAGAGUAUUAGGCUCUGAAUGAAGAGCCCUGGGAUCUCAGAGCUUCGGCUCUCUGCCCUUUACUCACUGAGGCCAGUUAGCUGUUUAGCCUCUCUACCACUGUUUCCUGCUCUACAAAAUGGCGCUCCACUGAGAGCGAGCCAGACUCGGUUACAGGUGGCCUUGUUCCCCAUGGCAUCCAUCAUCUUGUCAUCAUUUGGGUAUUUGCUGUGUAGGCCGUUAAAAGGCAUGGAUCAUUUUAAUAGCCAGCCCUGUCUGCAUCACCUGAUGGGAAAGUGGAGUCUUGCAUUUGUGUUCUUUCCUGAAAGGACACUGAAAGAAGGUAGUUUUCUGUGUACUUCAGCAGCAUGAAUUCUACUGCCUGGCUUCUAAGUAGAGGUCUGAUUGGGGUUGGGGGGAGGCAGAGGGGAUGCUGUACUUGAAGUUAUGUAGCAGGGAUUUCAUGCUGGUGGUCCGUGUAUAUUUUUUUAUUUAUUUGCAAUUUUCCGUGGGCUGUUGUCCCCUCCCUACAUACACAUCGCCAAGGAAGUACUCUCACCCCACUUGUACUUUGAAUGAGGAAGAUAGUACAUGUUUUUGUUUAGACAGAAUUGAGCUAUAUUUUAUUAUUUUAUAUUCCUAAAGUAUUAAUAUCGAAUCACUGUGAAACCAUUCUUAUGCAAGGUUUUUGUAACCAAGGGAUACUAUUAUCCUUAUUAGUACUAUAUUUUGUAUCUUGAUUAUACCUGGUUCACAUUGUUCAUAUUAAAGCUUUCAUCAGGGGGAGGGGGUGGGCUUGGGCAGGGCAGACAUAUAAUACACAGUAUCCUGGAUGGCUUAUACUGCUGUGCUAUCUUCACAGAGUUCUCUGUACUGGAAAGUGUUGCUUCUCCUUUCUGUGAAAGGAAUCUUUGUAUAUACUGUGCACAUAUAAUAAAGAAGUGAAAAACGUG